AGCAAAAAUAGUUACUCAGAAAAGACAAUCUCAGAAAUAUCGUCAUAAAUGGCUAAUAUCUUUACUGAGCUGGCUAACUACAGGGGCCUCUUCCUAAUGGUUUUUGUGCUCGGCCUAGGAGGCACAUUUCAGUAUGGGUACCACAUCUCGGUUUUGAAUUCUCCAUCCCCGUAUAUCAAAGCCUUUAUCAAUGAAACAUGGAUGAUGAGAUACGGAACACCAAUCCCUCAUGAAACGCUGACACUGAGAUGGUCCUUGCUGGUGUCUGUGUAUAGUAUUGGAGGACUGGUGGGAUCCACUUGCUCUGGAUACCUUAUAGGGAGAUUUGGGAAGAAAAGAUGUCAGCUCUGUAACUGCCUCCUGCCAAUAGCCAGUGCCCUGCUCAUGGGUCUGAGUCGUAUUGUUGGCAACUUUGAAAUGAUUCUGGUCGGACGCUGCCUGGCUGGGUUUUAUGCCGGUCUGGGAAUUAACAUCCAUGCUCAGUUUGCAGGAGAGAUUGCACCCAGAAAACUGCGAGGACUUAUUAAUACCACAGGCCCUUUGUUUGUUACCUUGGGAAAACUCUGUGGGCAGAUAAUUGGACUGAGGGAAUUAUUUGGAACAGAAACCCUGUGGCCUCAGCUUCUCCUCGUCAGUGGACUCUUAUCAUUUGUCCAGUUGGUCGUGUUGCCUUUCUUCCCAGACUCCCCUCCCUACAUUCUACUGAAUAAAGGUGACAAGGAAGGCUGCAUGAGAGCUCUAAAACAGCUCUGGGGAGACAGAGACCACCAAGCUCAUAUCGAUGAGAUAAUGAAAGAUAAUGUUUCCAGUAAAAUGGGCAGGAAGAUGAGUGCAUUGGAGCUGCUUAAAGACCCAUCCCACCGCUGCCAAAUACUUGUGAUGAUUGGGCUGAUCCUCUGCCUACAGCUCAGUGGUGCUAAUGCAAUUUAUUUCUACUCAUACGAUGUGUUUCAAGAAGCUGGCUUCCCUCAGGAUCAGAUUGCAUAUGUUUCUCUUGGAGUCGGAGCCUUUGAAUUUGUGUCUGCCAUGAUCUGUAGUCUGCUUAUUGAUCGCUUUGGGAGAAAGGUGCUGAUUUUGGGAGGAUACAGUCUCAUGACUCUCACAUUGAGCUUCCUCACAGUCACACUGUCCCUGCAGGAUUCAUAUUCAUGGAUGCCAUACUGUAGUGUGUUUCUCACCUUUCUGUUCAUCUUCCUGUAUGGAGCUGGGCCUGCUGGUGCCACAAUAUCUACAUGUGUUGAAAUCUUCUCCCAGGUUCCUCGAGUUCCAGCUUUUGUCAUUUCAGGAUGUUUUAGCUGGGUGGGCCUGUACAUCCUUGGAAUGGUCUUCCCUUAUAUAGUGGAAACCUUAAAACAUUUCUGCUUUCUCCUGUUCAUGGCCUUCAUGAUCCUGGCUCUGCUUUUCAUACAUUUUAUUGUUCCUGAGACCAAGGAUAAAACCAUAGCACAAAUAUCCCAAGAAUUCAACAAGUUCAACUUCAAGAAGCAAAAACAAGGAGUGCAAAGCAGUAAUAUUAGUGUGUGCACUCAGCACAAUAAUGUGAGGACAGCAUUCUCAGAGUGUUCACUCAGCACCAGACUGUAAGGACAGCAUUCUCAGAGUGUGCGCUCAGCACCAGACUGUAAGGGCAGCAAUCUCGAAAUGUGUUUACUCGGGACACCAAUCUGAGAGUGUGCGCUCAGCACCAGACUGUAAGGACAGCAAUCUCAGAGUGUGUUUACUCGGGACAGCAAUCUCAGG